AAAAGAGAAUUGGAAAUCAUUCACAUCAGAUAUUUCCGUGAAUUCGCAUCGAUUAAAUCAGUUUUCUUAGUUAAAAUAAUUAACAAACAUUAAAAAUGGCUUGGGAAGGUAAAAAAUACAAGUUAGAUAAGCAAGAAAACUUUGAGGAAUACAUGAAAGCAAUUGGCGUCGGCAUGGUUCUCAGAAAGAUGGGAAUGACAGUCAGCCCAACAUGCUACCUCGUUAAGAAUGGAGAUGAAUAUAGCUUCCAUACUGAUUCCACAUUCAAAAGUUCCGUCAUCAAGUUCAAGCUCGGUGAGGAAUUUGAAAAUGAGACAUUGGAUGGACGUAAAGUUCAGACAGUCAUUACACUCGAUGGCGAUACAAUGACUCAGGUUGAAAAGGGUGAAAAGAAGUCUGAAAUCAUCCGUGAAUUCUCGGAUACAGAACUGGUUGUCACAUGCACAUUUGAUGAAAUCGUCUCCAAGAGAUGGUAUAAACUUGUUGCUUAAGCCUUAAGAUAUAAAAUCUACAUAUAUAUUGUAUCUGCAUGCGACCAAAAAAAAAAUAAGCAUCAAAUAAUCAUUGCUUCAUACGAAACUAUUACACAUAAAGUAAUAACUAAUCUCUUUGCAUUUAUUGAAUUUUUAUCAAUAUUUUUAAAAAGUUUUCCAUUUCUGUGAAAUAUCUUUUAUUAUUUCACAUCAAUUUAUAACAAGACAAUUGAUGUAGCUUUUUAUUAUCUACUGUAUCAUCUUGUACACGCAGAAAUGUCUUAAUAAAGA